AUGGUACCUCUUGAACCUAGUUCUUACAAACAAGUAUCUCUUGAUCCGGCUUGGUGUCAUGCCAUGCAAGAGGAGUAUGAUGCUUUGAUGGCCAAUAAAACCUGGGUUCUCUAUCCUAGACCUGUUGACCAUAUUGUUAUUGAUAACAAGUGGGUUUAUAAGGUGAAACAAACCUCAACGGGUGAGGUUGAUCGAUUUAAGGCAAGGCUGGAGGAAGUAUAUAUGGAGCAGCCUAAAGGUUUUGUUAACUCAGAAUUUCCUGAUUCUCUCUGUAGACUUAAGAAAUCGCUUUAUGGCCUGAAACAGGCUCUUCGGGCCUGGUUUAUGAAGCUGUCCCCGUCACUCUUGGAGUUUGGUUUUACCUCAUCCACUGUGAAUUUCUCUUUGUUUGUUUAUUAUAACGAUGAUGCUCAUUUGUUCUUUCUCAUUUAUGUUGAUGACAUCUUAGUGACCGGGACACAUCAAACCAUGAUUUCUUCCCUCAUCAGUCAGCUCCAGCUUCAAUUUAAGAUGAAGAACCUUGGUGACUUGCAUUUCUUUCUUGGCAUUCAAGCUCACAGGGACUCUUUUGGUUUACACUUGAGGCAGACUAAAUAUAUUAAUGAUCUUCUCCAUCGCACUAAAAUGGCAGGAGCUAAACCUUUUCCCUCACCAUGUUCACCAGGACUUCGGUUGUCCCUUACUAGUGGUGAGCUACUUACUGCUAAUCAUGUGACAGAAUAUAGGCAAAUGGUUGGGACAUUGCAAUACUGCACCCUCACCCGUCCAGACAUCUCAUUCUCUGUUAACCAACUCUGCCAAUUUAUGCACUGUCCCACUUCCUCUCAUUGGUCUACAGUUAAAAGAGUACUAAGAUAUUUUAAGGGGACUAUUCAUCAUGGCUUAUGGUACACAAAAGCUCAUCUGUCUCUUCAGGCCUUUUGUGAUUCUCACUGGGCAAGGAAUCCUGAUGAUCGUCGAUUGACUACAGGCUAUAAUAUUUUCCUUGGCUCAUGCUUGGUGUCUUGGUCAGCUAAGAAACAACUUGUGGUGGCUCGGUCUAGUACUAAAGCUGAGUACCGAGCUCUUACCUUUGCCACUGCUGAGUUGUAUUGGAUAAGGAUGCUCUUGCAGGCUCUUUGCAUUCCACUUGCUCCUCCUCAAUUCUUUGGUGCGAUAACAUUAGUGCUUUAG